CAAAUACCAAGCGCGAGCCCAAAGCCUCCGUCCACAGUGCACAGUUCGAUUUGUUUUGGUUUGUGCAGACUGCGUUGUGUCACGGGGGGCCAAGGUCCGCCGCGGUGCUCUGACCUGACCGUUCCACAGCCGCGACCCACCGCCAGACACUCCGACAACUCCUCCUCCGACUUCUGCGUUUCUCCACCUCCUUUUCCGGGGCCGCCGCCCGCCCCGUUGCGACGUUAACGGACCCUGGGAGCUGGCCUGCUAGUUAGCAAACAAGCUAACGAUUGCCAGGUUUCACCCAUGUCCUCUGACGAAGCGUUGAGCGCAACGAUCACCGAUUGGCUUUUCAUCAACUCCUGGUGGCUGCUUCUGCCAUUCAUCAUGCUCCUGGUCGUCGCCGCCUUCAUUGUUGCCUUCGUGCUGCUGUUAUACAUGAUAUCGCCUCUCAUCAGCCCCAAACCGCUGAAACUGAACGGGGCCCACGUCGUGGUGACCGGAGGCUCAAGUGGGAUUGGGAAAUCCAUUGCAGUGGAGUGCUACAGACAGGGAGCGUUCAUCACGUUGGUGGCACGAAAUGAGGCUAAACUCCUUCAAGCAAAGAAAGAGGUGGAGAAAUUUGCCAUCAACGACAAGCAGGUGGUGCUCUGCAUAUCGGUGGAUGUCUCCAGUGAUUACAGUCAGGUGGAAAGUGUGAUAAAACAGGCUCAAGAGAAGCUGGGGCCUGUGGAUAUGCUUGUGAACUGUGCUGGAUCAUCCAUCUCUGGGAAGUUUGAGGAAGUGGAGGUGGACCGUUUCAAAAAACUGAUGGAAGUGAACUACCUGGGCAGCGUUUACCCGACACGGGCCGUCAUAACUACCAUGAAGGAGCGGAGAAUGGGCCGCAUCAUGUUUGUAUCCUCCCAAGCGGGCCAGAUUGGCCUGUUUGGAUACACCGCCUACUCCCCAUCCAAGUUUGCCCUGCGUGGCUUAGCAGAGUCGCUGCAGAUGGAGAUAAAGCCGUACAACAUCUAUGUGACUGUGGCCUACCCCCCUGACACGGACACUCCAGGUUUGGCUGAGGAAAAUAAGACGAAGCCUCUGGAGACUAAAUUAAUCUCCGAAACAUCAGGAGUGUGCCAACCGGACCAAGUGGCCAAAAUCAUUGUGCGAGAUGCAGUGCAGGGGAACUUCAACAGCUCCGUGGGACCUGACGGUUACAUGUUAUCAGCCCUCACCUGUGGCAUGUCACCUGUCACCUCUAUCACAGAAGGUCUCCAGCAGAUUGUUACCAUGGGAUUAUUUCGGACCAUCGCCCUCUUCUACCUGGGGAGUUUUGACAGCAUUGUGCGCCGCUGCAUGAUUCAGAGGGAGCAGUUAAAAGCAGCCGACAAGAGGGAGUAACGGCAGCCUUACCUGCCCAGUGCCCUUCCUCCCUCCCCUUCUCCUCCUCCGCACCCCCUCAUCCCAUCCCUUCAUCCAGCUGUUCAAGUGCACAACCGUAGGUGGGAAAUAGGCCAAGCUUUGAGUGCAUUUCUGAAAACAACACAACAGAUAGGUUGGAAGUAGAAGGGCAGAUGUUUACUGUUUGCUUGUCCUCCAUUGACUAUUUCGAUUUUUCUAUUCUGUCGGAGCAUUCCAGAGAUUCUUCAGUUUAAUGUGUUUGAUGUCCACCUGCUUCUUUCUGUUGGAGCAGCCUUACUGUAUGGGAAUGAGGGCAGACUAAACAUCCCACCGCCUGGUUGUAAAAUAUGUCGGCUUUGUGAACUACUUACAUGUUAGACAUCAGGCGAGCUGCCUCUACUCGCACAGUGUUAUAUUUCCUCUCACAGAGAGGAGAAGCAACAGACAGCCUGUAUGACCAGUUGUGCCAAAAAUGGCUUGAUUUUCCCUCCCACCAAGGGGCUAUAGUAAAAAAAAAAAUCAGAAUGGUAACUCUCACCUUUAGCCAUGUUGUUACAUGUAUUACAAAACUGGGUCCAACCCUGUAGGAACUUUACUGUCUUCACGUUUUUUUUUCGUACCACGAGUCUUUGCGGGCAAAGCACCUUCCUUUUUCACCGAGUGACCUCUGUGUUUGAGACCAGUUGUGACCCUCAGCAUUUUCUUUAUGCCAUUGGGCGUUUCUGUGUAUUUGUGCUCUGCAUCAAAACCCGACCAGGAUGUGAUAACAGCAGCACUCUUCAGUGAUGUCCGAGAGAAUAAGAGCAUGUGGUGUUUUUAAUUGUAUUGUUUUUUUAAAUUAUAUUAAUAAUGCAAAAACAUAACCUCCCCCCGCCAAAAAAAAUAAUAUUCAAAUAUUUUAAAUGCAGCAUUGGGGCAGAGUUUUGGGUGAAUUGUUUUGUGUGUGUGUGUGUGUGCGCGUGUGUUCAUGUUUGCUGUGACUGAGCCAACCCCUGGGGGAAGAGAAAAGCCAUCCGAUUUUAUUGUCUCGGGAAUAAACGCACCAAAUUAUUUUCUGGUCCUCUCAACUGAUUUCGUUGAGAAAUGCGAGCAGGUACUAUGGGUUGAAGCCAUGAAUUUUAAAUUGGGGGUGCAUUUGUUCAGUACACUUUUUUCUUCUUUCCUAUAUGUGUGACAGGAAGUGUAUCAUUUUUACAUGCAGGUUUGUAUUCAACCACCCCCUGUCAAAGAUCCAAAUGGUAUCCAUAAACUGUCGGGGCGGGGCAUUGAGGACAUGACUUGCUGGUCCGAGUCGUGUCCCCGAAAGUCUAGUGAGGGCGCCAGAGAUUAGUUUUACAUAAAGGCCAACAUAAUAGAGGGACUAGCAUGAAAGUGUGAUCCUUGACUCCCCGAAUAACAAUAUCGAUUCCCUCCCGGUUUCUGUUGAGCCUUGGAAAAACUUGCACUUAUCAUAUGACCUCCUCACUAUUUUUGCAUAGAGAGGGAGAAGAAGCACCGUGUCAACUCUUGCAAGUCUUCAUCUGGUCCAUCGCAAAUGGGGAGAAUGUACUUUGAUACAAAGCAUACAAAAUCAGAACAUGGGAAUAUUAUUUUCAAAUGCAACAAUAUUUGAAUGCCAAAAUGUGUUAAGACAAAUUCUUCAUCUUUUUUUGUCGAUGCAAUGCAUUUAUUUGACAUUUAUUGUGACGUUGCUGCUCUGUUGAUCUUAAGAGUUAGUUUGAAAAAAGCAGUGGAGCAGUGUGGGGACCCAUUCUGAGCCUUAAGACAUGACCACUGAAGAAGCUAAUGCGAUAAGAAUGGACCUGUCCACAGUUGGUGGUUUACCAGUUCAUUUAAUAUGACUUUUCUGUGUAUAAAACGACAAUGUAUUUGUCCAUUUCCGUUUUUUGUACGACAGAAAGAAGCCUUAGUGAAAUCCAAAAUAUGAAGGUGAGAAUGGUUGACUCGUGUUGUGACGAUAUUCUCAUUUGACAUUGGUUAAAGGCAAACGGUCCCGCACUCAAGAGAUUUUUUAAUAAUCGUACAUUUAUUGCUUUUAGAAGUUCUCUUUUACCUUGAGGUAGUGACACACCGUUGAUAGAACAUGCAGCCCAUGUAAAAGCAGUAUUGUUUCAACACCUUUAAGCUAUGCAAAAGAAGCCCGUGCUUACGAUAUGUUUUGAACAUCUGGUCAUGAUUCAAGUUCUCUUAAGUCACUAAUUUCCCCUAUUUAAUGUUGUCGUCAUUAGAUAAUUAAGUAUUGAAAACAAAAGUCAUAAUGCACUCAUUUCAUUCUUUUUUCUUGCAUUUUUACUUUUGUUCCUGCCAAAAGAAAGCUUAACACCUUCACCUUGUGUGCCAUUGAGAGAAAAAUGAGAGAAGUGAACGUUUCUUUGUCUUAUUUUCUUACAUUAUAAACUAAAUAAAUACCUGUGAAGAAAAUC